AAGACUUUUUGCUUUAAAUACCUAUAAUACAUUAUUAUUAAAUAUACAUAAUUUUUAAUUUUAUCCAAUGUCAGUACCUUGUGUGUUAUAAGUAAAAUAUAUUAACCAUAAGGCAAUGAUAUGGAAUUCAUUGAACUGAUAUUAAUAAACAAACUAGAUGGAGUGAUAUUAAAAUAUCCACAUCAUGAAAACGUUGAUGGUACAGUGUGUAUUACAGGGCAUCACCUUAUUUUGAGCUCUAGGAAAGAAGGCGUACGCGAACUAUGGCUUCUCCACAAAAAUAUAGAUAGCAUAGAGAAGAAAGAAAAUAAACCAAGUAGUGGUGUGAUGCAAGGAGGCUCACUGUUCCUAAAAUGCAAGGACCUCAGGAUAUUUCAGUUGGACAUUGCUGCCAGUAACGAGUUGAAUCUUGUUGCACAAACAUUGGAGAAUUUAUCUAAUUUACAAGACCCUGGACUAUUCUAUCCAUUCUUUUAUAGACAUAUGCAUCCUAUUAUGGAGAAUGGUUAUUCACUUUAUAGUUUAGAAGGCGAAUUUACAAAAAUCCUGGCUACAGAAGAGUGGAGAGUGUCUCGCUGCAAUCAAAACUAUACAGUGUGCCCUGGCUAUGGUAAAUCUGUAGUGGUACCGAAAUGCAUUGAUGAUGACACUCUCAUUGCAGCGGCCACAUUUCGGCAAGGGGGGCGUUUCCCCGUUCUUUCGUAUAGGCAUAAUAAUGGGGCAGUAUUACUACGCGCUGGGCAGCCACUUUACGGCCCGAAACACCGGCGCUGUAGACCAGAUGAGGCGAUACUGAAUACAGUCGUCGCUGUCGGCACUAAGGGCGUUAUAUAUGAUUUACGUAGUUCUAAUUCUAUUUCACAGCAACAGAAUAAAGGCGGUGGCACGGAAAGUAACGCCAAUUAUUCCCAGUGGAAAAUCUACAAUAGAUCAAUGGAUGAAGUAGAUAACCAACAACAACUCUUAGAUAGUUUUUCUAAAUUAAUUGAAGCGUGCAAUGACCGCGAAAUAUCAAGUGAUAAAUGGGUAUCAAAGCUGGAGUCGAGCGGUUGGCCGGAGAGCGUGCGGAACUCACUACACACUGCCUGCAUCAUUGCUCAGCACAUACACCAAAAAGCAGAGCCCGUAUUGAUUCACGGCACUCGUGGCGAAGAUGCCACUCUACUUGUGUGUUCCUUGGUGCAAAUCAUACUGAAUCCCGACUGCAGAACUAUAAGAGGAUUACAAGCGCUAAUAGAGCGAGAGUGGCUGCAGGCUGGCCACCCGUUCGGGUCGAGGCUACGUGGCGGCGCGUACAGUUCGCACCAGUCCCAUCACUCUUCACGUACGGCCCCUACGUUCCCCUUAUUCUUAGACUGCGUGAGGCAGUUCCUCGAACAGUUCCCCUGCAGUUUCGAGUACCGCCAGUCGUUCCUCAUUACGCUGUUCGAGCAUUCCUAUGCUAGUCAAUUUGGUACUUUCUUGUGCGACAAUGAACAAGAGCGCGAGUCCCGCGGCGUGUACACUCAGACCACCAGCGUGUGGUCGUGGGUGAACCAACCCGACGAGCUCACAACGUACAUAAACCCGCUGUACGACCCCACGCCAACCGUCAUAUGGCCCUCGGUAGCUCCAAUGAGCUACGUCAUAUGGGAAGAACUGUACCUCCGGUGGCUGAUUGAGCAGCACACAGAAGAACGCGAAGAACAAUACAGAGCGAUUAGAACACGCGAACAACAAUUGCGAUCUCAGGCUCAGGUGCUAAGAAGGGAGCUGUUCGACAUCGCUCAUCAGUACUACGGAGAUGGAAAGCCACAAGUCAUUAAUGAUAAGUAACCACGGUCUAUUUAGUCUAUGGCGGAAGGAUUACUCACUUUUUUAUCAUUUGUAAAUGUUGUUUAUGACAGAAAAACUGCAUACUUUUUUAUAUAGUAUUGUUAAUAUAUGGCCCAAAAAUUGUAUAGUUUUUUAUCAUUUGCAAGUUUAUGGUGAGAAAAUUACACAAUGCCUUUAUAAUUUGGAAAUUUAUAGCUUUUAUUAUUUGUAAAUGUAUAAAUUAGGUCUAUUUUUAUAUUUUGAGAAAUAUUCUUAUUAAUAUUAUUAGAGCAUUAAUUAUUUGAUUGAUGAAGGGCGUUUGUGAUUUUACUAUACACGUGAGAAAUGCGUAGAAGAAAUUAUGACCAAUUGAUAUAUGUAUCUUACAUAUAAAAAAAUUUGAAACCGAUGUUUACACUCAAAAUUUCUCUUAGUGUGCAUUAUUAAUAUUGACAUCCACCAUAAACUUAUGAUCCUACGCUUAGAUACCGGGGCGGAUCUACUUAAGGGC